AUGGAAACAUUUCAAGAGAAACUUAAAAGAGAAUCGAGUAAAAUAAUACAAUGGCAAGUGAAAAAGGACUUGCAGUUUAAGCAAAUGAAACAAAAAUUACAAGAACUUGAAGAAUUAGUAGAAAGACAAAGGAAAAGUCUAUUACAACAGCAAAUGAAUUGUGAAGAAGUGUCUCAGGAAUAUGCUAAUGAAGUGAAGCAUCAAGAGGAACUCAAAGAAAAAGUCCAGCACACCCGUAAAAUUUCUGGAAUACUGCAAGAAUAUUUUCAAAGUAUGAAUACCACUUUUGUGUCAUUUGAAAGAACUAGAGACAAUCUAAUUUCUCGAAAUGAUUCCAUUAAGGAGAAUUAUGAACAACUGAUAGAAAAAUUUGAUGUUUUACAUAGCAGACAUCUCAAUGAGGCAAACCACUACAGGAAACUCUUGAACAGUGAGAGAGAACAGCACACCAAAAAUGAAAAUCAGUGGCAGAUAGUGUGUAAUGCUUUUGAACAAAAACUCAAGGAAGCAGGUGAAAAAAUUCUUCAUAUGUGCUGUGAAAAAAAUGAAAAGGACCAAACAUUAAAGGACACUAAGGUGGAAGUACAACUACUUUCUGAACUGAAAGAACGUGCUUCAAAUGAAUUAGCUGGGGAACUGGUAAAGUUAAAAGAGUUGUUAAGCAACAUUACAGUGGAAAAACAAUCUCUUUUAAAUGAAAUUGAUAAUCUGAGGAAGAUGUGUGAAGAUUACACUAACUUAAGGAAGGAAUUUGAAGCUUCAACACUGCAGUGUAAGCCUUUCACUUUUAAUCUUCAAACAUUUAAAAAAUUUUAUGUUUUGGAAGUCUUAACUCCAGUGUUUGAACUGAACCCUUGUAUUGGUUGUAACUUUCAUGGGCUCAAGUCAACACAUACUAGUUUAUAUUUAGCAAAUGUCAAAGUUUAUGGAAAUACUGCAGAGCAACAACGCAAAAUGACUGACUUGUACAGGAAUAAGGGCCAGAAACCAUCUAAAGCAUCAGACAACAAACUACUGGUUUCUGUGAAUGGGCAUAAUUGGGGAACCAUCUCAUAA